AUGGCCUGCGGAGCCACAUUGAAGCGCUCUAUGGAGUUCGAGGCCCUGAUGAGCCCGCAGUCUCCGAAGCGUCGUCGGUGCACCCCUCUACCGGGAUCCCCUGCUACCCCGACUCCCCAGAGGUGCGGCUUGAGGCCCGACAGUCCGCUAGGCCCGCAGUCUCCUUUGCCUCCUUUGGGUGGGGACCGCCGGCUCACUCCGGAACAAAUCUUUCAGAACCUGAGACAGGAAUAUACACGCUACCAUAGACGACGACAGCUAGAAGGAGCUUUCAACCAAAGUGAAAAUGGACACGAGGUUCAAGCCAGUACAUCUCUCACAGCUCCAUCCUCACCAGGUAGUUCAGUGGUGAAGAAAGACCAACCAACAUUCAGCUUACGACAAGUAGGAAUUCUGUGUGAACGUCUACUGAAGGACCACGAAGACAAGAUUAGGGAAGAAUAUGAGCAGAUCCUAAACACAAAACUAGAAGAACAAUAUGAAUCCUUUGUGAAAUUUACACAUGAUCAGAUUAUGCGACGGUACGGAACAAGGCCUACAAGUUGUAAGUUAUUUGUUUUUUUUUUUUAA